AUGAUUAAAGAUAACAACGAAACUAUUCCACUAAUGGGCAAGAAAACAAAUCCAUCUGGUAUUCCCCCUUCAAACCAGCAAGAGAAAAAACCAAGUGAAAGCACUCCCACAAAGAAAAGUUCACACUUUUUUCUGGAGAUUGAUGGUUUUGAAAGCAAUGCAACUCCAAAUAAUACGUCUCCCCCUGUGUUUUCAAAACCAAUGGAUUCAAAUAUUCGUCCAUGUGCAUCUGGAAAUGGGGAAGAUAUGGAUUCCCCACAGUCUCUUCAGGAUGACGCGACUGAAUAUAGCCCUAAUGUAGACAGUUGUUGUGCUAACAUAUCACAAGGACCUGAGCAGACUAGUGCCCGGAAGAAGCUGAAAAAAUACAUAUUUCGGGCAGUAUCUGAGGGGAAUGUAGAACAACUGCAAUGUCUGCUUGCAGAGCUGAAGGAACGAUCAAACGCAUGUACAAACAUGACUGUUACAGACUAUCUGAUGAAAAAAUUCACAGCUUCAGACACUGGCAAAACUUGUCUGAUGAAAGCUCUGCUGAACAUCAACCAAAACACAAAUGAGAUAGUGAAUAUGCUACUAUCCUUUGCAGAAGAAAAUGGUAUUUUGGAGAGAUUUAUCAAUGCAGCAUACACAGAAGAGGCAUAUAAAGGCCAGACAGCUCUAAAUAUUGCCAUCGAAAGAAGACAAUAUGAAAUAACUCAGAGCCUUAUAGAAAAAGGAGCUGAUGUCAAUGCUCAUGCCCAGGGUGUUUUCUUUAAUCCCAAACAUAAGCAUGAAGGCUUUUAUUUUGGUGAAACUGCACUGGCAUUAGCUGCAUGUACUAAUCAACCAGACAUAAUUCAACUGUUAAUGGACAAUACCAGCACUAAUAUUACCUCUCAGGAUUCAAGAGGAAACAAUAUCCUCCAUGCAUUAGUUACUGUGGCAGAGGACUUCAAAACCCAGAAUGACUUUGUAAUCAGAAUGUAUGAUAUGAUUUUGUUGAAAAGUAAAGACAGAAAUUUGGAAACAACAAAGAAUAAGGAGGGUUUGACACCACUACAACUAGCUGCAAAAACUGGGAAAUUAGAGAUUCUGAAAUACAUCCUGAGCAGAGAGAUAAGAGAUAAGCCUAACAGGAGCCUGUCAAGAAAAUUCACAGACUGGGCUUAUGGUCCUGUUCAAUCUUCUCUUUAUGAUCUGACAGAACUAGAUACCACCGCAGACAAUUCAGUGUUGGAAAUUAUUGUCUAUAAUACAAAUAUUGGUAAUCGUCAUGAAAUGCUGACUUUGGAGCCUCUGAAUUCACUCCUGCGAAUGAAAUGGAAGAAGUUUGCACAGCACAUGUUUUUUAUGUCAUGCUGUUUUUAUUUCCUAUACAAUAUAACAUUAACAUUAGUUUCCUACCACAGGCCUAAUGAAAAUGAAGCUCCACCUUAUCCACUAGCUCUAACACGUGGUGUGGGAUGGCUGCAGUUAUCAGGACAGGUGAUGGUUAUGUUAGGAGCAAUAUUUUUAGCCAUAAAAGAGAGUGUAGCCAUCUUUCUGCUUAGGCCCUCAGACCUGCAGUCAAUUCUCUCUGAUGCGUGGUUCCACUUUGCAUUUUUUAUACAAGCUUUGCUGGUGAUCUUCUCUGUCUUUUUGUACUUGUUUUCCUACAAAGAACACCUUGUGUGUCUUGUUUUGGCAAUGGCCCUAGGAUGGGCUAAUAUGCUCUAUUUCACCAGAGGUUUCCAGUCCAUGGGCAUUUACAGUGUUAUGAUUCAAAAGGUCAUCCUGCAAGAUGUGAUAAAAUUUUUAGUUGUCUAUAUCGUGUUUUUGCUGGGAUUUGGCGUAGCUCUUGCUGCAUUGAUUGAAACUUGCCAAGAUGGCAGUGAAUGCCAUUCCAACAGCAGUCUGGGACCUGUUCUGAUGGAUCUUUUUAAGCUCACCCUAGGACUGGGUGAUCUGGAGAUCCAGCAAAAUUCAAAGUAUCCUGUACUAUUUCUUCUGCUCCUCAUAACUUAUGUUGUGUUGACUUUUGUUCUUCUCUUGAACAUGCUGAUUGCAUUAAUGGGAGAAACAGUGGAAGAUAUUUCCAAAGAGAGUGAGCACAUCUGGAAACUCCAGAGAGCCAGAACUAUUUUGGAAUUUGAAAAAUUCUUACCAAAAUGUUUGAGGAAAAAAUUCCAACUGGGAGAACGGUGUAAAGUGGCUGAAAAUGACACCAGGGUGUGUUUAAGGAUUAAUGAAGUGAAAUGGACCGAGUGGAAAACACAUGUUUCAUUUAUUAAUGAAGAUCCAGGGCCAACAGAUCCAAGCAAAGUUCAAGAUAAUUCAAGAACUAAUAGCAAAACCACCCUGAAUACGUUUGAAGAAAUGGAUGAUUUGCCUGAAACUUCUGUUUAG